CUUUUCCUGUAAGCUGUUGCUAGGUCAACGUAAACACGAAUAAACAUGUGAAACUCUUUUUAUAAAUAUGAAUCACUGCUUCUAAUGGUCGAAGAAUUAUAUAUCUAUUCCAAACAUAUAAGUUGAAGGAAUACUGAAUUUAACGCAUCAAUAUAAUUAUUAAUUCUUGUUUAAUAAGAUGGCAAAAAGAAUCAACCAAGGAUCAUUUGAUGAUGUUGUCAAAGAAAAUAUGGGAGAGUUUGGAAUGGAGGCACAAGAGGCUAUUGAUGAUGCAGUACAGCAGUUUGAAUCACAAGGGGUUAAUUUGGCCAACAUUGUAAAAGAUGCCAGUCUGUUCAGUGAGAAUGGAGAAAAAGUUGAGCAUCCAGUAAUCGCAGCAAUUAACCAGUUGAAGAUUUCAGUAGACAGCUCUGACAAAGGGGAGAUAAUCCAGAUACUUAAGAAGCUGAAGUCUGAAUGUGAUGUGGAUUUAGCCAAAAGAUGUAUGGCAGGAAAUAAUGAUGCAUAUACAGUGCUUCUCAAGGCUGCAAUAAAACAUAAAAAUGAUAACGAACUUUUGAAAGAAAUUCUUUCAGGGCUGAUUUCCUUGACCAAUGGUCAGCCAGAUGUUUUGGAUGAAGCUGGGUGUUCUUUUUUGGUAGAAAACUUGACAACCAAAGCAGACGAUAAAGACCUUUUAGUUACAAAUCUGAAACUUAUUAGAAAUACAUGUAUUAAACAUGAAUCUAAUAGACAAUUAUAUGUUAAAAAGAAAAUGAUUACUGAAUUAGUAAAUAUAUUAAUUGAGAAGAAAAAAGAACCAGCCAUUGUUAUAGAAGCAUGUGGUCUAUUGAGAUGUCUAACAUAUGAUGAUGAUGUGCGAGUGCCCUUUGGUUCAGCUCAUGAACAUGCCAAGAUGAUAGUCACAGAAGGAAACUGUCUGAAAAUGUUACUUGAACUUUCUCAAGAAUACUCCGAUAAUACAAGUGUUUUGAAGGAGUUGUUUUCAACAAUGAGUGUUGUAGUGGUUAGAGAUGAGUUCUGCAAGGCUGUUAUGGAUAUGGGUGGUUUGGACUUCAUUUUAAAGGCUUUACAAAAUAAUCUAGGAGAAAAGGGUAUUGUGAAACAAGCACUUGGUUUAGUCAAAGCUUUAGCUGGUAAUGAUGAUGUCAAGGUCGCUGCUGUUUCUAAAGGUGGUAUUGAGUUAAUCCUAGCUGCCAUGACAAAACAUCAAGCAAAUGCUGCAGUAGCAGACCUUGGAUGUGGAACCAUUACAAGAGUUGUACUGCGCAAUCCUGCAAAUUGUGCCAAGGUCAUAGAAUGUCAAGGUCAUCAAGUUAUUCUUCAGGCAAUGAAAAUUCAUGUAAAGGAAGAACUGGUUCAGAAACAGGCAUGCAUGGCCUUAAGAAAUUUAGUGGCAAGAACAAGAGAAUAUUGUGAACCAAUCUUAGAAUUAGGAGCUGAGUCUUUGAUUAACACAGCAAAAGCUAAUCAUAAAUCAUGUACUGAUGAAGCCAAAGCUGCCCUCAGAGAUUUAGGAUGUCAAGUAGAACUGAAUUGUCCUUGGAAAGGAGAAAAUGUGCAAAUUGCUUACUGAUAUCUUUUACUAAAAUUAUUAUCUAUUAUUUAUUUUUCAAUAUCACUCAUUAAAAAUGAAAAAAAACAGUCAACUCCUAAUAGUUGAGGAGAUAUUUAUUGUAAUUCUACAUAAGUCAUACAUACAUACAUAAAUUUAAUUAUUGUCCAAA